GGACAUUAUUAGGUGAGUGGGGAAAAAAUAACUCUGAGGUGUUUGCUAUGGACCACCAAGCCCUGUCCGCUUGGCUCUGUCAAUCAGAAGCCAAAACAAGAUGGCGGGCAAAUGGAGCCGGGUCUUCCUCUUAGCAGUUUGCGCAGUCAGUUUGUUGGGGGCCGAAGUCAAAGUUUCAAUUCCUGUUGGAAAGCUUUUCACCCAUGAGCUGAUGAGAGAGACUUUCCAAAUUUACAUUGAGCCUCUGUCAAAACUCUACGGGAACUUUUACGACGACCCUAUAGUGUUUAAGUGCAACCUGCAGAACUUCCCAGACCUCCCGGAGUGGCUCCGUUUUACCCAGAGGCAUCCCUACGAUAAUGGCUUUCUCUAUGGCACACCAGCAGCCCCAGGCAACAACAUAAUUGAGAUUUUCGCCAUCAACAAACGGAGCUACGUAACAGCCAAGCAGAUACUCACCAUCGCUAUAGUCUUGGACAAAAAUCCACUGCCAUAUCAAGCGGAGUUCUUCAUUCAACUAAGGGAGAUUGAGAAGGUGCUGCCCUCUGCUGUUCAGGAAGAGAUAAAGCAGGACCUGCAGAGGCUGUGGGGGUCUGAGGCUUUGGAAGUUGUCAACGUCACUAAUGCCCUGGACCGCGGCGGCAGAGUUCCCCUCCCUAUUGCUGGACACUUUGAAGGAGUGUAUUUCAAAGUGGGGUCCAAGCAGUAUUUCUCUGAGUGUUUGCAGAAGGUGCUUACCCCUGAGCACCAGAGGCAGUGCACGUCAAGGACCAGAGUAAAAGCCCCUGGUGGCUGCAACUUCUGUAACAUUCCCAGCAACUGUAUCACCUGGUGCAAGACUGAGCUGUUCAAUGUGUCUAAGCCGAAGCCUACUCCUGCUCUUAUAAUGGGCUCAGGGAUCCUGGAGAGUGGCGGGGACUUCAACCCACCUGAGUUCUCUCCCGAAAGAGACUUUUUCCUAGACUACAUCAUCACAGUGAUCGUGCCGCUGAUUCUGGCUAUCAUCCUGUGUCUCCUGCUGUCCUACAUCAUGUACUGCCGACGGGAGGGAGUGGAGAAGAGGAAUAAGAAAACGACAGAAAUCCAGAUGUACCACCACCACACCAUUCAUGGAACCAGUGACGAGCUGAGGAUGAUGGCUGGGAGUCGCGACGUUCCUCCUCCCCCCCUUUCCACACUGCCGAUGUUCAACUUCCGUACUGGGGAGAGGGUAUCACCCCUGGAGGGUACCAGUCCCACCAUCCCUCUUAUCAUGGCCCAUCAUGAGCCCUACUCGGACACACUACCCAGGAAGUAAAACCAAAGAAGAAGAAGAAAUAGUUGAGUGUUGUGAAUUUCAUUUUUACAGUCCUUGAUUUUGAGUUUGCCGUGGGAAAUUGGGUGUUUUCCUUUCUUUCCAUCAAUUUCCAUUAAAAUACAUUAACCGUGUCUGUUUUGUAGAACUGUUGCUACCUGCCAUUGAAGUCUAUGAAAUUUCUUUUUUUCUUUUUUUUUUGUUUCAUUUUUAUAAGAUCAGAGUCUGAGGUCUAAAAUGCUAGCUUAGCCCAUGGUGCCACACAGGCCUUGGUUAGCAUGUAUUUACUAUGCACCGAGGGAGCAGAGGGCACUUCUCAUACGGGACACUUCAUGAUGGGGCUGUCGCAGAAGACAGAAGAAGUAGGAUCGGGGAUUCACUAAGACCAACACAAGACAAAUGCUUCAACUCCCGUCAUGCUUUUAAGUUGAUGGGUUCAGUGAUGGUUCACUAUUUACCAUCUCCGCAGCAUGUUGGCAGGAGCAUGGACAUGACACAGGACUGGUCACCUCCACAGUUUGUGGUCGAGGACAGAUGUGGUCUAAACCAAACAAAUGGUACAGAUGAUGUUUGAUGUUGAUGGAGAUACAAUAAAUAAGACUGAUAAUGAACUUGUUUCCAAAAUUUUAUCUGGUGUAAUGUGUUUUUGGGCAGCACGGUGGCCCAGUGGUUAGCACUGUUGCCUCACAGCAAGAAGGCUCUAGGUUCAAACCCAAACUGUUCCGGGUCCUUUCUGUGUGGAGUUUGCAUGUUCUUCUCGUGUCUGUGUGGGUUUCCUCCGGGUGCUCCAGUUUCCUCCCACCAUCAAAAACACAUGCAUGUUAGGGUUAAUACUCCUGUUUGUGCCCCUGAGCAAGGCAAUGGAAAGAAGAACUGGAGUUGGUACCCGGGCACUGCAGCUGCCCACUGCUCCUAUACAAGAGGAUGAGAUAAAUGCAGAGAACACAUUUCAUUGUAACCUGUACAAUGACAAAAUA